CUUUGUUGUGCAGGACCCUGGGGUGGCUCCUCAGCCAGCAGCAGGCCUGCUUGGGCAGCACUGCUUGCUCUUGGUCAUACCACAGUGGUUUAUAGAAGCUGCUUAAAACCCACCACCUGCACAGUUAGAGGUGGAGUUGGAGCAAUGGGCAAAGUAGUCUGUUGCUCCUGUCUUCCAAGCUUCAUUGGAAGUCAAGUACCAUGGACUAAAACCCUCCAGUUGUUGCAAACCUGUAUCAAGCUGGAUGUUUUGAGGAAGCUUCAGCAAGAAUGGCACAUGCAUUUAUACAGAGUCAGGUUUACAGAUCUGUCAACACAGAGCACCAACUUGCUGCACCAAAAAAAUGGAAGAAAGCUACCAGGCAGCUGUUCGAAGGGAGAGGACUCAAAGUAUCCAAGCACUGAACUUUGAACUGAAGUACAUGAUUGUUGGUCACAUCACAGCUUUUCAAGAGGCCUUUGAGUCUUUGCUUCGCUUUGCUGAAAACCGCACAAGUUCCCUGUUUGAGACAGCUUACAGACCUAUGGCAAAAGAAGCAGCAGAGCCUGUUAAAGAACUUUUUACAGACAUCUCUCUCUACAUUCUGGGUGCGGAGACUACAGUGGAAAGUGCAGUAUUACGGUUCUUUGACAGUCUCUUUCCCCUGGUGUAUAGUCGGCUAAUAAACCCAGGAAUUACAGAUUUAUCAGAGGACUAUACAGAGUGUCUACGGCUUACAAGGCAAGACAUAAAUCCUUUUGGACACUAUUCUAAAAACAUGGUUACAGAGCUGUCAAAAUCUCUUUGGGCAAGUAGGAUGCUCAGCCAGGCCCUCAAUCUGGGCAUUGAAGUGAUAAAUACUACUGAACAUGCAGCUCUCACGAAGGAAUGUAGCAAAGCUCUAGUGAAGAUGCAGUAUUGCCCACAUUGCCAGGGCCUGACACUCAUCAGGCCCUGUGUUGGAUAUUGUCUAAAUGUAAUGAGGGGCUGCUUGGCCAGUGUGUCAGAACUGGAUGCACAAUGGAGGGAGUAUAUCUCCACGCUGGAAUAUCUGACUAAUGAAAUGGCUGCCUCACAUGAUGUGGAAAUUGCACUGAUGGGAAUCUGGAACUCCAUCAAUGAAGCCAUCCUGCAUGCACAGUUGAAUGGACCACAGCUCUCUGCUACAGUCGAUAAAGUGUGUGGACAGCCCAAACAUCAAGAAGGGAACCUGUCAUCAGACAAUAUAGUGCCAGUGAAGGAAGCGACUGCUGACACCCAGACAUUUGUGAUGGCUCACGCUAGUCUGAACAAUAGAAGAAGUUCUCUGCCUCUGAAAGCUUCAAAGAAUGACAAAUCAAGAAGUCUGAAAAAAGUCUCUCGAGAGUUCAUCAGUUACAUGAAGCGAUCCCGAACCUUUUAUGCCUCUAUAGCAGAACGGCUGUGUGAUGGAGAUCUGGUGAUGAGAGACAGCUCAACCUGCUGGAAUGGAGAGGAUGUUGUAGAAAGUUACACCAGCAGAGUUGUUUCCAACGGACUGAAGGCACAAAUUAAUAAUCCAGAACUAAAAGUCAGAGGACUGGACCCACUCAUCAGUAAUUUGAUUGACAAACUUCAGCAUUUCAAUCAACUGGAUGCUGAGAAGGCAAAAUUAAAACUGGAAAGAUGGGCUUCCCGAGAUGCUGGCAGUGGCGGUGGAAGAAGUGAAGAGUUGGAGUCAAGUGGGGAUUGUGAUGAUGAAGAUGGCUGUCAAGGAUCCGGUGACAAGAUUCACACAGCAGAUAUACUCAAGGACAAGAAAACCCAUCCAGAAAACAGAAACGAACCAAAACCAACUGUGAAAAAGAUUGACACCACAACUACCACAAGCACUGUCAAGUCAUCCUCUAAACACAGUGUAACUGGAAAUGGGAGCAAUCCAGCCCUGAGUUCCUCACUUGUUAUUUUAACAGCACUAGCAGUUCUGUGGCAUCAUCCACUGUAGCUGCAUUGCCUUGCAGCCACUGCACAAGCCUUUCCUCCUCACUGUCGUUUAUACCUACAGCCUUACCCAAGAGAAAAGGAAUUUAAAUGGCUCUCUAGUUUAUGUGAUAUGUUAGAAUAAAUAUUAAACAAUAUGCUGGAGUUGGCAGA